AUGAAGAUUCAUGAAACAAAGUCUCAUGCUCAUGGACAUGGAACCGGUGACGAAGAGAAAAUCAUGACAAGAAAGCAAAAAGGCGAGCAGUUGAAAAGUGAUGAAGGAAAGGAAUCUCCAAAGAAACCCAAGAUAGAGGCUGGUAAUGAUCAGUAUGAAGAAAAAACCACAUCUGAUGUAGCAAACGAAUUUGAAGAGUUUUGUAAAGCUGUCAGAGAGCACUUAUCUAUUGCACAAAUGAGGGAAAUUCUUGAAGCUAAUGAUCAGGAUUCAUCUGGUUCUGAUGCUUCAGUUGCCAUCAAAUGCCUUGAUAUGUUGUUCUAUGGACCACUGGAGAAGUGCGAAAUCUGCAAUGGUGAUUUGGAGUUUGAUGGCAACCGCUAUUCUUGCAAGGGAACUUAUAGUGAGUGGUCUUCUUGUGUAUACAAAACGAGACGCCCCGCAAGGAAGCAAGAACCACCCAAAUUGCCUGAUUCUGCCCUGAAUUCAGCUGUUGCUGAUUUACUAAACAAGUACGAGGACCCGAGGAUCCGGUCUCAUCGGUAUGUAGGAGUCAAUGACAAAUCUUUCUUAGGAAUGAUGAUUUCCCUGAUGGGCCGUCUUAGUCGCACACAUUAAUACUGGAAAUCCAAGAUAGAAAAACAUGGAGGAAAAGUCUCUAACUCAGUCAUUGGUGUAACUUGCUUGGUUGCUUCUCCUGCUGAACGAGAGCGCGGUGGCUCAUCCAAACUGAUAGAAGCAAUGGAAAGAGGGGUACGAGUGGUGAGUGAAACUUGGUUACUCGACAGCAUUGAGAAACAAGAAGCACAGCCAUUAGAAGCUUAUGACAUAGUUACAGAUCUUUCUAUUGAUGGCAAAGGAAUUCCGUGGGAUAAACAAAUUCCUGACGAAUCAGCACUUGAAUCACUUUCAGCAGAACUCAAGCUAUAUGGCAAAAGGGGAGUCUACAAGGAUACCAGAUUGCAAGAGCAAGGUGGCCAAAUCUUUGAGAAAGAUGGAAUAUUAUACAACUGUGCCUUUUCACUUUGCGACCAAGGACGAUCCAUUAAUGAGUAUUGUAUUAUGCAACUUAUCAAGGUACCAGACGGUAAUCUCCACUUGUACUACAAGAAAGGGAGAGUGGGUGAUGAUUCAAAUGCCCAGGAGCGACUCGAGGAAUGGAAGGACGUAGAUGGUGCUGUGAAAGAGUUUGUUAGGCUCUUCGAGGAAGUAACAGGAAAUGAGUUUGAGCCAUGGGAAAGGGAGAAGAAGUUUCAGAAGAAGCCACUGAAAUUCUAUCCCAUAGACAUAGAUGAUGGAGUCGAUGUGAGAUGUGGAGGACUCGGCCUCCGGCAGCUAGGGGUUGCAACAGCACAUUGUAAACUUGAGUCAACUGUUGCAAACUUCAUGAAGGUUCUUUGCAGUCAGGAGAUUUACAAGUAUGCAUUGAUGGAGAUGGAUCUAGAUGCCCCUGAUUUACCAAUGGGGAUGCUUUCUAAUAUUCAUUUGAAAAAAUGUGAGGAGGUUCUACUAGAGUUUGUUGAAAAAGUGAAAUCAAUGAAGGAAUCUGGACCAAAAGCGGAGGCAGUUUGGUUGGACUUUAGCCAAAGAUGGUUCACUCUGAUGCAUUCCGUCAGGCUCUUUAUCUUCAGGGACUAUCAAGAACUUGCUGAUCAUUGUGCAGCAUCAUUCGAGUGUGUUCGAGACAUUGUUGUGGCAUCCCAUGUUAUUGGACGUAUGGGUGAAGAUACCCUUGAUGACUCAUUGUCUGAUAGAUACAAGAGAAUAGGUUGCAUAAUUUCUCCAGUGGAUAAUGAUUCAGAUGACUAUAAGAUGAUCCUCAAUUAUGUGGAAAAAACUUAUGAACCUGUCAAAGUUGCAGACAUUGAAUAUGGUAUAUCAGUUGAGAACAUCUUCAGUGUGGAAACGAAGGAAGGUCCCACUUUUGAUGAAGUAAAAAAGCUACCAAACAAAAGACUCCUGUGGUGCGGUACUAGGAGCUCGAACCUGUUGAGGCAUUUGCAUAAAGGCUUCCUUCCAGCUAGCUGUUCUAUACCGGUUCCAGGAUACAUGUUCGGGGAGGGCAUAGUUUGCUCUGAUGCUGCAGCAGAAGCCGCCAGAUAUGGCUUCACCGCUGUAGACAGGCCAGAGGGGUUCUUGAUUCUCGCUGUGUUUUCACAAGGCGAAGAAAUCAUCGAGCUCAAGAACCCACCUGAGGAUACAAACCGAUUGGUAGAGAAGAAAGUUUGUGUGAAGGGAUUGGGGAGAAAGAAACCAGAUGAAUCGGAGUUCAUAGAUUGGAAAGAUGAUAUCAAAGUCCCAUGUGGUCGUCUGAUCCCUUCAGAACACAAGGAUAGCCCUCUGGAAUACAAUGAGUACACGGUCUACGAUCCCAAACAGGUGAGCAUGAAGUUCUUGGUGGGAGUGAAGUAUGAAGAAAAAGAUGCAGUGAUUGACACAGAGGAAUGAAGGUGGGGGAGGUCAAAAAAGGUGUUUCCUUUUGUAUA